AUGGCCCCCAACCGGCGGUAUGCGAACUACCCGGGCGCCCAACGGGCCCCUCGUCAGCCCAAGGCAGAGGAAGCCCCCAAAGACGACCAAAAUCCCACUCUCCGCGGUCACGCUCUUACCGUUGCCGGCAAACUCGCUGCCAACUUGGGAUUUGUCCGCCGCUACUUUUGGCACAACGCCAAGUUUGGCCUCAUCAGAGAGAUCCCCGAACUCAGGGACUACAAGUACAGGCUACAGCCUGAUGUAAUCCCUCUCCGCGACGGCACCCCGGUGCCUGACCUGCUCCACUUUGGGCCCGAGCUCACCGCCCCGACGCCCCCCGACGCUCCGCGCGGCUACAUGACCUGCGCCGACUACCACGCCCUCUACGCUUCAGGGACCGUCACCCCGUACCAGGUCGUCUCCGCCCUCAUGCCCCUGACCCGCCGCGGCCAGCGCCCCAAGGGCAAGUACGAGACCGCUUGGGUUCCCAGCCAUGGCAACGGGGAGGCUCUCGCACUCGCCGCCGCUCAGGCCUCCACCGCGCGCUGGCUUGCCGGCAAACCUCUCGGCAUCCUCGACGGCGUCCCCAUCUCCGUCAAGGACGAGAUCGAUGUCAGGGGAUGGGUCUCGCACUCCGGCAUGAAGUACAACCCGCGCCUCAAAUUCUUCCAGCCCGCCGAGGAGACAAGCUGGCCUAUCAGGAAGCUCGAGGCGGCUGGUGCCGUUGUCGUUGGCAAGAAUAAUAUGCACGAACUUCGAGCUGACACUUGUGGCUGCAAUCCGAACUGGGGCACGCCCACCAACUGGCACAACCCCAAGUACUACCCCGGUGGUUCUUCAUCCGGCGGUGCAUCAGCAGUCUGCUGUGGAAUGGUCCCGAUUGCCAUCGGAACCGAUGCUGGAGGCGGCAUCCGUAUCCCCGCUGCCUUCACCGGCCUCUACGCCCUGAAACCCACCCAUCACCGUACUGUGGUCAUGAAGCACUCGAGCUGUGUGACAGGUCCCAUGGCUGCUUCCGUCGCUGACCUGACUAUUGCGUACCGCAUCAUGUCCCAGCCGAACCCCGACGACCCCGUUCAGUCUCUCUUCACCCCUUCGAUUCCGAUGUCACUAGAUCCAAAUACGGCAAACCGUCGUCGUGUCCUUGCCGUCGACAGCUCGUGGUGGUCGCAGGCCGACAAGGAAGUGGUGGCCCACUGCGACAAGGCGCUCGCGUACUUCUGCUCCGUGGGCUACUCGGUUCUCGACAUCAACCUCCCGUACCUGCGCGAGUGUCAGCUCGCCCACUCCGUUCUGACCAUCACCCAAACCUACCACGACGUGCGCGAGGCCUUCCCCCCACCGGGACGCUUCUUCGACCACAUCUCGGCCCAGAGCCGCCUUUUCCUCGCCGUGGCAUCGCAGACCCCGACGGCCGACUUCCGCGCCGCCGGCCGCCUCCGCCAGCUCAUCAUGUCCCACCUCGCCCACCUCUUCGAGCAGUAUCCCGGGAUCCUCUUCCUGACCCCGACCACGCCUACCCGCGGCUGGCGUCGCGACGAAGGCGACGCCGAAGCGGGCUUCACCGACGUGAACGCCUCCAUCCGCAACAUGAUCUACAUCUUCCUCGCCAACCUGACCGGGUGCCCGGCCGUUUCGGUACCGGUGGGCUACGCCAACGCUUUCGGGGGCAGCAAGAACGGCACCCGCCGGCUCCCCAUCGGCAUGCACGCCAUGGCCGAGUGGGGCGGCGAGGAGCAGCUACUCGAGUUUGCACGCGAGGCGGAGGUUUACCUCAACACGAAGGUGCCGGGGGGCCGGGUCAUCCCGGAGGGCUGGGUCGACGUGGCCGAGGCGGCGGCCAAGAAGUCCAAGGUGGAGAGCGACAAUGCCAGCAUCCUUUACAACACGAGCGUCAAGAGCAUGAAGUUGAGGAGCAGCUUGAGCAUGAUGAGCGUCAGCACCGACGCGACAAUGUCACCAUGA